AUGCCUCCGCUACACUGUGCCUGCAUGAAUGAAGCCACGGAACCCGCUGAGCUUUUCUCUGCUGUGACGAAGCUGCUUGAACAUGGCGCGGAUCCGCAGGUGAAGGACACAGAUGGGGACACAGCGCUACAGGCUGUUCUCAGCUUGGCUACGCAAGAUGAGGAGCCUGAUCAAGAAGCAUUGCAGGCACACUUUGCCGUCGUGCGCGCGCUCAUCAAUUGUCCAAAGCAGGAGCUUGGAAAUUCUGAGCUACAAGCCCUUUGCAGUUGGCUUCGAAAUCAUGUUCCACAGGGUGGGCAGAACCAGGUCCUUGCCGAGCUCGAGAGGCGAGUCGGCCGAGAGGCUACUGCCGGCGCAUGGGCGUCAGAGAUGUUCCUGAAGUACUUGGAACAGAGCGCCUACGAGGCGAAACGAGGUUUGCAAGCCUCGGUUGUGCAGCAGUACCUGGCGGCUGGUGCCACUCCUUCCAUCUCGCAAAAUGGGGCAUCUGCUCUGUUGCUGAUGGUUCUGAAUCCGUACUCCAGCUACGAGGAGAUGAUCACCAUAUGCCGAAUGGUACUCGAGAAGGAUCCACGAGUUGUCUGCCAACGUGACGGCUUCAAGCUCACACCCCUGGACUGGGCCUCGGAUUAUGAGAACAUCGCUGUCCAACAUGGCGUAAAGCCAAACCCAGCGUCGCUUUUGGCCCUUCUGCCUGCGCUCAUUGAGCUGGCGCCAGACAUGGCUGAUGACUCAGGCGCUCGAUGCCUCAAGGUGAGCGCCACUGGCAUCACAGGAGAAGCCAGGCCAGAGGUCCCUCUGCGCUUCCUUGAGGGCGACCGCGUUAGGUGUCGAGUGGAGGCGCCAGGAGGUAAGACAGCCUGGGAAGAGGGAGUGAUUGUCGCUCUCUGGUAUCGAGAACCUUGUUGGCCGCGGAGUUUUCCCGGGGCCCCGUAUCAAGUCAAGCUCGACAUUGGACAGCUCGUUUACGCCCUGUCUGACCACGAUGUAAUGGUCCAGAGAGAGGCAAAAGCAGAAAAAGCUUCCAGCGCGGGAGCUCCGAAGGCCACCAGAGGCCGGUUCUGCAAACAGCAAAAAGAGGACGGUAGUUGGGAGCUCCUGGACACCAAGUCUGGAAAAGCACGGGCUUGCUCACCGCCGGACUCUGACGAGGACUGA